CUGGGAGAGGGAGGAGGUCGGAAGUAAACAUAGGUGGUCGGCUUCCUUCAUGUCAGGCUGUCCUGGGGUCAGCGGCGGCGGGACCGGAGAAGGCCAGAUGACCAUGUCAGCUGCAGCCAUGGAUGCAGGUAGUGUGGCCACCCUUUCGGGGUCCAAAGAAAUGAGUUUGGAGGAACCAAAGAAGAUGACCAGAGAGGACUGGAGAAAGAAGAAGGAGCUAGAAGAACAGCGAAAAUUGGGUAAUGCCCCUGCAGAAGUUGAUGAAGAAGGAAAAGACAUCAAUCCUCAUAUUCCUCAGUAUAUUUCUUCAGUGCCAUGGUAUAUUGAUCCAUCAAAAAGGCCUACUUUAAAGCACCAGAGACCACAGCCAGAGAAACAAAAGCAGUAUAGCUCAUCUGGAGACUGGUACAAGAGGGGUGUAAAAGAGAAUUCCAUAACUACUAAGUACCGCAAAGGAGCAUGUGAAAACUGUGGAGCCAUGACACACAAAAAGAAAGACUGCUUUGAGAGACCUAGGCGAGUUGGAGCAAAAUUUACAGGUACUAAUAUAGCUCCAGAUGAACACGUCCAGCCUCAGCUGACGUUUGACUAUGACGGGAAGAGGGAUCGGUGGAACGGCUACAACCCAGAAGAACACAUGAAAAUUGUAGAAGAGUAUGCCAAAGUUGAUCUGGCAAAACGAACGCUGAAAGCCCAAAAACUCCAAGAAGAAUUAGCCUCAGGAAAAUUAGUGGAACAGGCUAAUUCUCCAAAACACCAGUGGGGAGAAGAGGAACCAAAUUCUCAGACGGAAAAAGAUCAUAACAGUGAAGAUGAGGAUGAAGAUAAAUAUGCAGAUGAUAUUGACAUGCCUGGACAGAAUUUUGACUCUAAGAGACGAAUUACUGUCCGGAAUCUCAGGAUUCGAGAAGAUAUUGCAAAAUAUUUGCGGAAUUUAGAUCCAAAUUCUGCUUACUAUGAUCCCAAAACUAGAGCGAUGAGAGAGAAUCCCUAUGCCAAUGCAGGAAAGAAUCCAGAUGAAGUGAGCUACGCGGGGGAUAACUUUGUUAGAUACACAGGUGAUACCAUUUCAAUGGCUCAGACACAAUUGUUUGCUUGGGAAGCCUAUGACAAGGGGUCUGAAGUGCAUCUGCAAGCUGAUCCUACAAAACUAGAGCUGUUGUAUAAGUCCUUCAAAGUCAAGAAAGAAGACUUCAAAGAACAGCAGAAAGAAAGCAUCCUGGAAAAGUACGGUGGCCAAGAACACUUGGAUGCCCCUCCAGCUGAACUGCUUUUAGCUCAGACCGAAGACUAUGUGGAGUACUCAAGACAUGGGACAGUCAUCAAAGGACAGGAGCGGGCUGUUGCCUCCUCCAAGUAUGAGGAGGAUGUGAAGAUCCACAAUCAUACUCAUAUCUGGGGCUCUUACUGGAAAGAAGGCCGAUGGGGAUACAAAUGCUGUCACUCUUUUUUCAAGUAUUCCUAUUGUACUGGAGAAGCUGGGAAGGAGACUGCUAAUUCAGAGGAGUGUAUUAUAAAUGAUACAACUGGAGAAGAAUCUGUCAAAAAACCUCAGACCCUCAUGGAGAUGCAUCAGGAAAAACUAAAAGAGGAGAAAAAGAAGAAAAAGAAGAAGAGGAAGCAUCGAAAGAGCAGUUCAGAGAGUGAUGACGAAGAAAAGAAACAUGAAAAAUUGAAAAAGGCACUGAAUGCAGAGGAGGCCCGUCUUCUUCAUGUCAAGGAGAUCAUGCAGAUUGAUGAGAGGAAGCGGCCUUACAGUAGCAUAUAUGAAACUCGGGAACCCACUGAAGAGGAAAUGGAGGCCUACAGAAUGAAGCGUCAGAGGCCAGAUGACCCCAUGGCCUCCUUCCUCGGACAGUAGUCACUGGUCACAGAUGUUCACCGAAGAUAGACUCUGCUGAUAACAUUCUUUUAGAUUCUUGCUGAUGAUUAUCAAUGGAAAAAUCUGUAUCUACUCUCCUUGCUGCCUGACUUUAAAGCAUCCAGAAGACUUAUAGUAAAUUCAUUCCUUUCCACACUGAAGAAACAGAGAAGAAACAAAAAGCGGUAUAUUAAGUACAGAUUAAAAUUUUAUUUCCAAUUUUAUACUAGUGAUGUGGAAAAAAGUUGGCUCUCCACCUAUCACAAAUAUCUUAACAUUUAUUUAUUAAGUUUCAAACUUUAUUUCCUCAAUUUUUAUGGCCCUUUAUCUAGUGUUAGCACUCAUUUUGAAGGCAGUUACUCUUUCUCAAAACAAGGGCUUCAUUUUUUUUUUAAUUAGUAGUAACUAUAACUGUAGUUAUUUGAUAAUCAUUUCUUUUUGCCUUCUCAGAUUUUUCUGAUCUGAAGCUAACAUCCUAUCUUGAGCUCCAGGUUAUUGAAAGGACUGUAGAACAUGUGAAAACUUUAUCCCUGAUGUCAGUCUGUGUAGUAAUAAUUCUGUUUUCCACUUGGUUAUAAAAUUUUGAUUUUCAGAACAUUUCCUUGUAUUCUUAUACUCAGAACUAAAUGCGUUAGCCUUUGCAUGGAAAAAAAACUAUUUUGUCACCCUUGAGUCAGUGUUAGUCGUAGGUCUUUUACCAUUCUAGACAUGAGUGUUUAGACACAGAAAUCCUUUUCUUUAGCAUAGAGGAUAUGGUCUGUGAUACUAAUUGCUGUUUUAAUUGUGAUUGCCUUUAUAUAACAAUCAUGAAGAUUAGAUUUU